AGGACAUUCUCAGUCCUCCUCAAUUUACUCUCCUCUUCAAUCGCUUGGUUCCCGUUCCUGCUUCAGUAUGAAUGGCUUGAUAUUUAUACAUGCCUUUUCGGUCGUCGUAUUUUCAAACACUAAAGGGCUUCUUGAACCUUCAGUAAAUCUGACAAAAUUGCCACACAAAAACCAUAGUUGCCUGGAGACUAGUUUACCUGUUCUUGAUGCCUUUUUUGAGAGAAAAGAGACUUCUUAUCAACAAUACAAGAUCAAAAAUGAAAUCUCACAUACAGAGGGCAAACUUAGUCCCAUGGUUUUCUUUGAAAAAAUCAGCAAAAGGAAUGAAAGCACAGAGAGGCAGAAUUACAAAGCAACUGCAAAAGAACGUCCUGAAAGACAGGAAAGAUGGCAAUCAAACAACUUGCAAGGCCUUGUGUCAUCAUUGUAUCCAGAUAAGUCCAAGCUGAAUAGGUCACCGAUUUACUACAACCUUCUGGCCAAAAGCAUGCAGUCAGGAUUUCCAAUGCAUCCGGCCCACAAGUAUCAUCAGGGCACACAGCUCCAGCAUCAUGUAACAAAACAGGGAGAAAGAGCUACAUCUUACAAUCUUGACCUUGAGGAGAACAGAUCCAGAAAGACUAUUAGAUACAGAACAAGUGAAACAUUCAUAAAUGGAAUCAAUUCAUCAUCUGCAAUCAAUCGACGCCCUUCAAGUUUGCUCUAUCAUUUUAACAUACUCAGAGAAGAUUACUCUAAAGAGUUAUGUUCAAUUGAAUGCAGAAAGGAAAAGAAUGAAAGAGAAUUCUACUGCAACAGUGAAUUUGCAAUCAGUGGUAUAGUCCACAAUAUAGUGACCCUUGGUAAAGGGCUGCGGCUGGUGACAUUAUUGGUAGACAGCAAUGGAUUCUAUCGCAUGAGUCGAUUAUAUGUCACGCCUGAUGGUUUCUUCUUCAAAGUGCAAAUUCUUGUUGUUGACACUUUCAACUGUAGAAGAUCAUGUCCGGACUUGAAGUUUGGUGCUAAAUACAUCUUGAUGGGCCUGAUUUAUCACAGGAGAUACAUUCUACCCACUUGGGCCCAAGAACGUGUUUCUGGGAGACUAAAGCCUGGAGAUGGACUGGUUAAGAGCAGCAGCUAUGCGAGCCGAUAUAACAGAAAGAGGGACCAGAGAGUCCAGUUAGCGCGUGAUGGGAAAUGUGGAGGCACAUUUUUCAGAUCUCAGCAGGAUUGAAAUGGGCCUGUGUGCGCUUUACAUUAUCAGUAACAAUAAGACAAGUAGUGUAGCAUUGUUUUUUGCUAUUAUUAAUGUAGUUCAUUAUAUAUAUUCUAACAUUUUAAGUACAGAGUCAUUGAAUCAUCCAGCAUGGAAACAGGUCCUUUGUUCCAACUCAUCUGUGCUGAACAGCAUUUGGCCCAUACCCCUCCAAACCCUUCCUAUUCAUAUACCCAUCCAGGUGCCAUUUAAAUGUUGUAAUUGUACCAAACUCUAUCACCUCCUCUGGCAUCUCAUUCCAUACAUGGACCACCCUCUGCGCAAAAAGGUUACUCUCUCAGGCCUUUUUAAAAUCUUUCCCCUCCCACCUUAAACCUAGGGCCUCAAGUUUUGCACUCCCCAACCAUAGGAAAAAGACCUUGGCUAUUCAUUCUAUCCAUGGUCCUCACGAUUUUGUAAACCUCUAUAAAGGUCACCCCUCAACAUGUUUUAGAUUUUUAGUCUCAUACUUAAGCUCAUCAGUUGGGGUGCUAUAAUUGGCCUUAGUAGCCUAGGCUAGAGAUGGGAGAGAGUAUCAACUAGGUUUUCGCCUCCUUAUUGCUAUCCAGUGCCACGAGCCAGAAAUAGAACAUACUCUAAACAGAUAUUGAUGAUUGGGCUCCCUUUGAUGGUCCCCUUCUCCUCAUCACAACUGAAUAGCUAAGUGGCGCACAGCACCAUUAGAAGGGAUUGUUGAUGACAAUGAAAUUACAUCCAGAAAGGUUCAAUGCCUUCAGGAAGGGAGCAGUUCUUGAACAAACUGUAUUCUAGUGAGUACCACUGCAUUUUAAAGUGGUUGCAUUGAGGUUUUUCAGGACACAUCCUGGAUUGGAUUUGCUAAACUGACAGCAAACCAAUUAGUGCAGUUGAAGACAGUGUGCUUCGGUCAAUGCACACAUUGCAAUGUACGAAUCUAACUUCACUCAGCAUUCCAGUAUGUUGCUGCCUGUCUGAUAGUUGUGCUUAAAGAAAAUAAAAACACUUUUCCCAGUGAAAGGAAGACGACAUAAAAAGUGGAGACUGUGAGAAAGUUAACAACCAUUCCUCUUCCUCUGGGAAACUGCUGUUUCCAGGAGAUCAAAGCAUCUGGAAUGGGUGCAACAUGACUGUCUUUUACACUGAAUUGUUUAUCUAAAGGUUGAUGUUUCAGGGUCUUCCAUGAGGUCGAGAUUGUAUCUAUUUCCCCAGAGUCCCUGGAGAUCGUGGAGCAAAUUUUCUCCAUAUGGAUUGGACACGAGGAAUGCAGACUGACAGUCAAGCAACCAUUAUUCAGAUACGCAAGCAACCGUGUGCUUUUUUAGGAAGUAUACAAUAAAAAACAUUCAAGGAAGAGUUAUUAUUUUCAAUAGAAAAUAUUAGUUUAUCUCAAAUGAAUUUUUUUUCAGAUUAGCUUCAUUUUGCUACAACUCGAGGAAAGAUUUCAUGUGCUAUAUUUCAUCCUCCCACUCACUCCUGUUCUCUUCCCAUUUUCUUCCCCUGUAAUUACAUUUCUGUUGACAAUUGGGGAUUGUCAACCUCACAGCUUCUGCUGUUCUAGGAUCAGUCAUUUGUGUGACUGUUCCAUGGGGAAGGAUGGGUCAAUGGGUCAGAUUCCAACUCUCCAUCUGCUACCCUGCUGAGUGGAAUAUUCCACACCUGCAGAGGUCUUUAUCUCAGCAGUAAUUGUUCGAUAUAAAAUCACUGACAUAGAGAGCAUAUGACAUAAACAGACAUGAGCAACCACAAAGGCUUUUCCCACACUUAGUUCAUUGUUCUGUGUUUGGAAUAUUGCUGUAGUGACCAAAGUGCCACAGCUGGAAGAAACAUGGUAGGUGUAUUCAUAGGAAAUGGUUGUUUUGGGGCAAGUUGUCACACAACAGUUGGGUAGACACCAGUAAAGAGCUACAAACUCUUUAAAACUCAUAAUGGAGAUAUGGUAAAAAUUAGAUAUGUAGGAAAAAAAAAUUGGUGUCCCAAAGAGCUUUUUUAGUCCCAUUUUAAAAUCUAUUUUUCAAACUUUUCCUCAAAACUCAUUAUCAGAAAGUUACUAAAUCAUUGAUCAGUAGAAAAAGCUGUAGACAAUUUUUCUCCUCAGAACUCCACAGUAAUUUGGAAUGCUUUGCAAAUCUAAUAUUUUCCUAAUGUCUUUUCAUCAUAAACUCAUAUUACAUCCCAUCUUAGUAAAUGUCUUCAAUACUCUCACCAUGUACUUGAUGUCUUUCCUAAAUUAAAUGCUGAAACUGGACAUUUUUUUUAAUACUACACAGGAUGCAGUAAUGGUAAAAGUCAUGUCCAGCAGUGCUGAUAAAAUACUCAGAGAGAUUCUCUGUGCAUAACAAUCCAGAAGGUACUGCACAGUACAAACAGCUUGUCCAUAACUAGCAUUCAAAUUAAUAUGCAUAAUGCUGCUCAGGGACCUGGCAGUAAUAAAUAGACCAUGUCAAAAAAAAGGGAACAUUACUGGACAACAGGCAUUGACAUUGCUGAGUCCAAUACAAUGCACCCAGCAGAUCAGCACAGGCCCUGCAUAGUCAUCAUCAGCAUGAAUUCUGGUCAAUGUUUCUUUGAAUCAUGGCCCAAUUUGUAUUGAUGCAGACACAGCAUUAAUCGUUAACUGUGCACUUUUGCAACUGCUUUGGCUGAGGUCAGAUCACGGAAUACUUGCCAAACACUGAAACAAAAAUUUUUCUGUCUCAAAAAUCACAUUAAGUUGAUAAUCUUACCAGUUGCCAGCCAUCUAGAAAUGUGUUAAUUAUUUUGUACUCAGAAUGAUACAAGCAACUUUGGAAAGUGUGUAGGAAUACAAGUUAUUUGCAUAGCUGCUCCUAGUUUACCCUAACUUUCUAAGUGGGCAAUGUAUUGUAAAGCAAAAAUGCCAAAAAGAAUCAGGUGACAAUACUCUAGGGUGAGGUGGAAAUAUCAACAAAGCAGUAUUGUUGAAGCUUAUUAAAAUAUUUGAAUAAAACCAGUGAGCAAAACAAACACAAUACAUACAGGACAUGGAAGACACUACUGUACAGAAACUGUAUAAAAGCAACUAGUCUUUAAACUAUGAAACUGAAAGUGGAGCAACCAAGCUGGAGAUAUUCAUUAUAUUGGGGAAAAAGACAAUUACUGGCUGCAUGAGUAUCUUAAAAAGAUCAGAAAAAAUAAAUUAAAUUCACAUAUUACACUUCUGGGCAUUAAUUCUGUAAUUAUUUUGCAGAUUUUCUACAGUAAUGACUAAAUAUCUCAUGAAAAUCUAACGUUUGUGCGUGUCCAAUAGCUGAAGAAUGCCAAGUUACUUUAAUUUCAAUAUUCAAUCUUACUUAGAGAUUUUAAUUGCUGCAGGUCACUAAUUUGUUUAUUUGCAUGCUACUUUUUCAAUGUGCCCAUUAACUGAAAGCUUGAUUUCCCUAUAAAUUGUUGAAGCUUUCUGGCACUCAUUCAGUAACAGGAGGAUUUAGUUAGAUUCUCAAUUAUCUGAGGGGAGAAUGUGGGAUCGUGUUCCCUUAAAUGUGCAGUUAAUGACCCCUACAAUCACAUCUAGCCUUUAGGUGAAUAAAAAGCUCAAGGUUACGACCCCCAUUUCCUCCAUCACUAUUGAAGUGAUUUGAAACAUUUUGGCAGUUACAAUCCCUAAAAUUAUUACACCUUGUGGGAUCCCAUCAUUCAAACACAGCAAGAUCAAAGAAAAUGAUACGUGAUAUCUAACGGGGAACAGUGGUCUAACUCAAAUGAAAAAAUGUGCAAUUUUUAAAAAUCAACUGGCUUGAAAAUAUUCAAU